ACGCACACCUCAAAGAGUUAAAGAGAGACGUGGCCUGGACUUAACCUGCUUCUUCUCUCUCUGUCAACCUCCAGAAAGUGGAAUAAAUAGUAGAAACCCUCUCCCUCUCUCUCAUCCUCAGUUCUCGAUGGAGGGAGAAACAAGUAGCCGUUAGGAUAUCAUUCAUAUUACCUCUGGUUCUGGGAACCCAAUUUCUCCAUUUACCGUAAAGGUCACGGUAACUAAGCUACGUGGUGUUCUGUUGAAAAUGGCUAGUUCAACGGCAUGUCUGAUUUCAUCAGGCCUAUCUUCCUGCACCAACAAACACAGCUUGGACAAAGAACUUUAUGGAAAGCAAAGGGUUUCUUCCACAGGCCGCCCUUCCUUGGGUGUAAAUCCUAUUACGACUAUUUAUGCAAGUGCUUCUUUGAAGCACAAGAAGCAUGAAGGAAGGAGAGAUUUUCUAAAAUUGCUUCUUGGUAGUGCUGGGGUUGCUCUGCCUGCUGAGGCAGAUGAACAAGGUGCAUCGUCCUCUAGAAUGUCAUAUUCAAGGUUCUUGGAGUACUUAGAUAAGGAUAGAGUGCAAAAGGUUGAUCUUUAUGAAAAUGGUACCAUUGCUAUAGUUGAGGCAAUUUCCCCUGAGUUAGGCAAUCGGAUCCAAAGAGUACGUGUCCAACUACCUGGUCUCAGCCAAGAACUCCUUCAAAAGUUUAGAGAGAAGAACAUCGACUUUGCAGCUCAUAAUGCUCAAGAAGACUCGGGUUCUCUUCUAUUCAACCUUAUUGGAAAUUUGGCGUUCCCUCUCAUCCUCAUUGGAGGGUUGUUUCUUCUUUCAAGAAGAUCAUCUGGGGGAAUUGGUGGACCUGGGGGUCCUGGCUUUCCCCUUGCCUUUGGCCAAUCUAAAGCCAAGUUUCAAAUGGAACCCAACACUGGUGUGACAUUUGAUGAUGUUGCUGGGGUUGACGAAGCUAAGCAAGACUUUAUGGAAGUUGUUGAGUUUUUAAAGAAGCCAGAGAGGUUCACUGCAGUUGGGGCACGUAUUCCUAAGGGUGUUCUUCUUAUUGGUCCACCAGGAACUGGAAAGACUUUGCUUGCCAAAGCAAUUGCAGGUGAAGCUGGUGUGCCUUUUUUUUCUAUUUCUGGGUCAGAGUUUGUUGAGAUGUUUGUGGGUGUGGGUGCUUCUAGGGUCCGUGACCUCUUCAAGAAAGCAAAGGAAAAUGCUCCUUGCAUCGUGUUUGUUGAUGAGAUUGAUGCAGUUGGUAGGCAAAGGGGGGCGGGAAUUGGAGGUGGGAAUGAUGAGAGGGAGCAAACACUCAAUCAGCUCUUGACUGAAAUGGAUGGUUUCGAAGGCAACACGGGUAUCAUUGUGAUAGCUGCAACUAACCGUGCUGAUAUUCUUGACUCUGCCCUGCUUCGUCCAGGGCGGUUUGAUAGACAGGUGACUGUGGAUGUUCCUGAUGUGAGAGGAAGAACUGAGAUAUUGAAAGUGCAUGCUAGCAACAAGAAGUUUGAUGGUGAUGUUUCAUUGGAUGUGAUAGCCAUGAGAACACCUGGUUUUAGUGGGGCCGAUCUUGCAAACCUCUUGAACGAAGCUGCAAUUUUGGCUGGUCGUCGUGGGAAGACUGCAAUUUCCUCCAAAGAGAUUGACGAUUCGAUUGAUAGGAUAGUGGCUGGAAUGGAAGGAACUGUUAUGACUGACGGGAAAAGCAAGAGCCUGGUGGCAUACCAUGAAGUUGGUCAUGCAAUUUGUGGUACUUUAACUCCGGGACAUGAUGCUGUUCAAAAGGUCACCCUUGUUCCAAGGGGUCAAGCGAGGGGCCUUACUUGGUUCAUUCCUGGGGAUGACCCAACAUUGAUUUCAAAGCAACAAUUGUUUGCAAGGAUUGUUGGGGGCCUCGGUGGAAGAGCUGCGGAGGAGGUAAUAUUUGGUGAGCCUGAGGUCACUACUGGUGCAGCUGGUGACUUGCAGCAAAUAACUGGUUUAGCCAAACAGAUGGUGACCACGUUUGGGAUGUCAGAGAUUGGCCCAUGGUCUCUCAUGGACACCUCUGCUCAAAGCUCAGAUGUGAUCAUGAGGAUGAUGGCAAGGAAUUCCAUGUCGGAGAGGCUUGCAGAGGACAUUGAUGCAGCUGUGAAGCGCAUUUCGGACAGCGCUUAUGAAAUUGCUUUGGAUCACAUUCAAAACAAUCGUGAAGCCAUUGACAAGAUUGUGGAGGUCCUUUUAGAGAAAGAAACCAUGUCAGGGGAAGAGUUUCGAGCCAUCCUAUCAGAGUUUGUGGAGAUCCCUGCUGAAAAUAGGGUCCCACCAUCGGUGCCGACCCCAGUUGCUGCUUAAUUUAACAGUUAUCAAUAGGAAAAAAGAACCCACAUACCAAAAAUUGAAGAAAAAGUUACUGUUAGACCAAGGAAGAAAAAUAUGGAGAGGAAAUUGCCUGUAUCAUUUAACCAGUUAAACUUGUAUGUUGUCCAUAAACUUGAUCACCAUUUUCAUUGCCUGGGACAUGAUGCAUGUCUAAUUGAUGCAAUAUGUAUACUGUUUGUGGAGUCAAUUGUAAAAUUGAUUAUGUAUCUUUCUGAGAUUUUGGGUGA